GCCAUUAGUAGAGUAGACAUAAACACAACACAACGCAAGGCAGAGGUAAGACGGCCGCCCCUGCAUUACUUUAUGUGUGUGCCUAGCAAAGACAUUUAUUUUCACCAUUGUCAUCAAACUUAACUCGUUUAACUGAUUGGGCUUAAAUUUGAAGAGUUUCUUGCCGAAAAAAAAAAAACGUGAUUAAAGAGAUUAGUUUGGGUAGUCCUUACUCUGGGAAAACUCCACAUUCUCAUGUUGUGUAACACAUGUCACGUGGGCAGUGAGUGUUAUGCUUGGGGAAGCGUCUGGGACAGAAAAUCUAAGACUGUUGUACGAGUGUGAUCCAUCCUGUUGAGAGAGAGAGAGAGAGAGGUAGGCAGCUAUCAAGAAAGGUAGAAAGUAGUAGCGUAGCUCGUGAUAAUUGGACCAUGGCUGGCUCGGCAGCAUCCCCCACUUCCUUAGUUGAGCUUACCAUUUCCUGCAGGAAUCUGCGUGACACAGAUGUCUUUUCAAAGUCAGAUCCCCUCUGUGUAGUGUUUUAUCAGCCUUUUGGAUCAAAAGAGUGGAGUGAGCUUAAGAGAACUGAAUGUAUUGAUAAUACACUUAACCCUGACUUUGUUACUAAGAUCCCAAUCACCUAUCACUUUGAACAACAACAGAAUCUUAAGUUCAAGUUGUUUGAUGUUGACUCUAAUUCACCAUCCCUUGGUAAGCAUGAUUACCUUGGAGAGUAUGAAUGUAGCUUGGCACAAAUAGUCAGUUCUAGGAGUAUCCAAAAGCCUCUGUUGGAUCAUAGCCAUCAUGGAGAUAAUGGUUACAUUAUCAUCACAGCAGAAGAACUUAGUUCAUGUAAGGAGGAACUUGUUGUCCAGUUUGUUGGGAGGAAUCUUGAAAAUAGAGGCUGGUUCUGUUCUACUAUCAGCCCAUUUCUUGAGUUUUAUAAAGCUAAUGAAGAUGGAACAUUCACUCUUGUACAUCGCACUGAACAUGUACGUGGAGCAGAAGACCCUGUGUGGAAGGAAUUCUCUGUACCCCUGCGAUCAUUCUGUAGCGGAGACUAUGAUCGCAAUAUUAAGGUUGUUUGCAAUAACUUCAAAGUAAAUGGGAGUCACAAGCACAUUGGCACCUUUUAUACUACAGUAAAAAAGAUCAUUGAAGGCCCAGGUGCAGAAACCCCACUCUGGUUGAUCAAUGAGCAAAGAAAGAUGCAGAAAGGGAGCAGCUACAAGAACUCUGGGGAGGUGUUUGUGAACAAGGGUCACAUUCGACAAGUAUUUUCCUUUCUUGAUUACAUUAAAGGUGGCAUGGAGAUAAAUGCCUUUAUUGCCAUUGAUUUCACAGCUUCAAAUGGUGAUCCAAAGUCAUCACAGUCUCUUCACUUCAUACAUUCACAAACUCCCAACCAGUAUGUCCGUGCCAUCACUUCAGUGGGAGAGAUUAUAGAAGACUAUGACACAGACAAGUUCUUCCCUGUCCUCGGCUUUGGAGCAAGAAUGCCGCCUGACUACACACAAGUGUCACAUGAGUUCUUUGUCAAUGGGGAUCCUUCCAAUCCUUUUUGUCAUCGAGUCCAAGGAGUUCUUGAGGCCUACUAUAACUGCCUGAAUCGUGUGCAGCUUUAUGGACCUACCAACUUUGCCCCAAUUGUGAACCAUGUAGCACGCUUUGCAGCUUCAAACAAGGAUGGGGAUAAGUAUUUCAUUCUUCUGAUCUUGACGGAUGGAAUCAUUACAGAUAUGCCCCAAACCAAAGAGGCUAUUGUAAAUGCAUCCUCCUUACCUCUGUCAAUCAUCAUAGUUGGAGUUGGUAAUGCAGAUUUUGACAACAUGGAAGAAUUAGAUGGAGAUAUGGUGCGUCUUUCCAGCAAUGGUCGGUAUGCUUCUCGAGAUAUUGUUCAGUUUGUUCCAUUUAGGGAUUUCUUGAAGGGGAUGGGGGAUCCUCGCAUGGCUAGGCUUCGACUGGCACGAGAGGUUCUAGCAGAGAUACCUGACCAAGUUGUCUCGUACAUGAAAUCCAAAAACAUUGCACCACAGCCGCCAAAGGUUAAUGAAGCUCAGUUGCCAUCAGAUCACACUGCCAUUGAUGCUUAACACAUCAUGUUGCUUGUAUUUUUUAUGAAUGUUUCACUUUUAUAUGGUAUUUAUCAUGUAUCCUUUAUAAAAACCCAUCAACUAGUGUAUUGUGAUACCCUGUACUAUUGUGCACCAGUCGGUGUUAGAGACACUUUCUGAGAUAUAUCCAGCUUAUGUUUAACAAGAAGUAUAUGGCAGUCUCUCAGUGCACUUUGGAAUUUAUAGAGUUUAUAUUUUUUUCUUUAGGAAAUCAUUACUUUUCAUUGAUGAUAUGGUAUAUUGAUUAUUUUACAUGCCUGUCAGUGCCUAAGAAAUAAAUCACUGACAUUUUUUAGGUUAUAUAGGCUUAAGCAGCAUUAGUUCCAUGCUGUAAGAUUUCAUUACAGUGUAUUCCAUCAGGAAAAGCAAAGCUGUGAAUAAAAAUCCUAAUUAGUUGGCAUCUACAGUGGGUAGAUGGCCCUCAAGUAACUAGUUCACUGCAUGCUGAAUGAUAUUGCAAAAAAGGAAAAUCUCUUUAUGUACAGAAAGAUUCAAGAAAGCCAAAUAUAUUAUGAAGAUAUGAAGUAAGAAAGUAUUUGUACAAAUAAUAAAAUGAAAAGUUGAUUUCAAAUAGAAAUUUUGGAAAUAAAUUUCAGUAAGUUAAUAAUGGAUAUGCUAGUUGCUUACCAUAUGAAAUAAUGCAGUAUUUUGUAAAUAUGUGAUAUAUUCUUAAUGUGUGAAGAAAGUAAAAGAAAUUGUCAAUAUU